AUGAUGGAUUUGACUAGAAUGCGCAAAGGGCCGCUGCCUGGAGGACGCCAGGGCGCGUCUGGAGCUGGCGCUGGACGCGACAGCAUGCGAACCGCCAGCCAAAGAGCGCAAGGUACUGCACGGCCACCCAGCAGUCCCUCGCAUCCAUCAUCCCCACCAGCAGGCUUGGUGUCGGCUGGGUCUUCGCGGGCCCAGCGAUCGGCACCCGCCACUGGUGGAGCACGCCACAUGCGUUGGACAACUCAAAUGAACAGCAACCAAGCAAUGAGUACAUUUGAUGAGGCGAUUUUGGAAACGCGCAGUACGCCUCCCGAAAAUCGACCGCGACUUCCCCGCAUAGCCCUCAGCAAGCGGAAUCGGGCUAUCGUGAGGGCUCUGAACCCAAUGCUGGUGACCUAUUUGGAAGCCAGCCGGGACCUUUGCGAGACGGACUCAAUUCUCUUUGGUGCCGCACUGGCAGUCUGCCGUAUUAUAGGCGCCAAACUUUCCACGGCUGGACGCACUACUGGACAAAGUAGUGCUAUCCCAGCCUGGAGAACAAGAAUUGAAGAACGUAUCGCAAGGGCCAGGGCCCUCAUCGGCAGACUGAUAUGCUUUAGGUCAGGCAAUACCAGGCUAAGGAUUGUGCGCACCAUCAGGAUGGCGUUUGCUGGGAUAAAUGUUAGUUUGUCCCAGCCGGAUAUAAUGCAAAAACUGACGGAGCGCAUAGACGACCUGAAGCAGAGAAUCGCUGCUUGGGAAAAGCGGAUUCGGCGAUAUACCGAAAGGUCGACACGGUUCAACCAGAAUCGUCUCUUCCAGAGUGGUCAGAAGAGGCUCUAUAAAUCAUUGGAGCGACCAAUGGUAAGUGGAACGGGCCCAGUACUGAAUCAGGCCGACACGGUCGCAUUCUGGCGCAGCCUGUGGUCAGAGCCCAUAAACCACAACGAUGGCCCUUGGACGGAAGUUGUGGCGAGUCAGUGUGCGGGUAUUACGUCCAUGGACCCCGUCAUCAUAACGCCGGAUGACGUAGCUGAGGCGGUCCGUAGGGCCCCGAACUGGAAAACCCACUACUGGCUGAAGGGGUUCAUGAUAGUUUUAAAGUAUCGCGUUUCGUACCGCGAACGGGGGCUUGAGAGGUCGCACGCGAGCUUCGACGUAUGUUGGCGGCAACUGACUGCGAGAGAGGAACUGAGUGCCGGGCCCCCUCCUCCUAUCACUCCACUUUCGGUUAUUCUCUCACCAUCCCCGUGA